ACAGCAACUCCAAAUGCUCAAAAAGCAGGAGAUAUGUAUAAAAAGGUAGAAACGGGAGUUUGGAAAGUAUUGGAACCGGUUGGAAGAGGUGCAAACAAAUUAGCCGGUAGAGCAGGAGCAGAAGCUUUUUGGCCAACAGAAUUGGCUGAAGGUGAAUUAGACAAAGCAGCAAGAAUUUUGAGAACUUUCACUCUUGAUGGAGUUCAAGCAGAUGAUAGUGAAGAAGCAGAAAAGACUGGUGGUGUAGAAGGAGGCGUACAAAAAACACAAGCUGAAAAAGAUAAAUAUUCUUCACGCAAAACACAAAAAGUUAUCAAAAAAAUUCCACCAAAAGUUUUGCAGGGUGCAGCUGGAAUUGCAAUUAUGACUUGUUUCAGAACUGGUUUUGGUUUUUCAGGUUCAGGUGGUAGUGGUGUCGUAAUGGCAAGAUUACCCGAUGGUUCUUGGAGUCCACCUUCGGGUAUUUUAGUGCACACAAUCGGAUGGGGAUUCUUGAUCGGUUUAGACAUUUACGAUGUUGUCUUGGUCAUUCGCAAACCCGAAGCUCUAAAAGCAUUCACACAUCCUAAAGUAUCAAUUGGCGCCGAAUUGUCUGUUGCUGCGGGCCCAGUGGGCAAUGGAGCUAUGCUUGAUGCCGGCAUUGAUGCUUCACCUUGCUGGAGUUAUACAAAGUCAAAAGGUGCUUAUGCAGGCUUACAAUUGGACGGAACGAUUGUUCUCAAACGUGAUGAUGCAAAUGCUCGUCUUUAUAAUCAAAGGGCAGAGGUUUCAGAAAUUUUCGCUGGAAAAGUUACAGCUCCUAAAUCCGUUCAUCCUCUUUGGGCAACACUGUAUGCUGCCGAAGGAAAAGAAGGCGUCUAUGGAACAGAUCAGAUUCCAAAGGGUCUGGCUCCAGGUGAGAUUGGAAUUUCAGCAGAAGAGGCUCAAGAGUUGGAAGCGAUGGGAAAGGAGGAUGAAGAACAACAGAAUGCUGGUGCAAGUGAUGCAAAGACCGCUCGUCGUGUUCCUCCACCG